AUGUUGACGAACAACGAGCUCAUCGAACACUUUUACUACAGUGCGGAAAGUCACGCAACGGAGAUGGAUGCAGAUGAUUUGCUUCUUGGCAAUGGGAAUCUGUUGCACCAGCAGCUGGAGCAGCUCAUGUGUCAGGAGCAGGAUAAGGACUUUAGUGGCAGUGCUGAUAGUCUCUCCGAUGGCACCAAUAGUUGCUCCCUGGAGCUGUACUACGAGAUGCCAGCGGUGCUGGAAUUGGAGCAAAUGCUCAGCACACAAACUCAGCAGCAGCAAUUGCAACAGCAACAGCAGCAAAUGGCCUCCAGUGGCGCCUCCAAAUUCCAAACGAAGGCAGCGAAAUACUGGCAGAGAACCUCACGUAGCAUGCCCUACGAAAGAAAUGCCUAUCAAAAGGCAUCCUCGCAAGAAUAUUUAGAGCUUGAAGAUCAGGAGCUAGGUGGUGGCAAGGAGGUCGUGAAGAAGCGCCGCCUGGCUGCCAAUGCACGCGAACGUCGCCGCAUGAACAGCCUGAAUGAUGCCUUCGAUAAGCUGAGGGAUGUGGUUCCGUCACUGGGUCACGAUCGACGGCUCUCCAAGUACGAAACAUUGCAAAUGGCCCAGGCGUAUAUUGGGGAUCUGCUAACGCUUCUCUCACGAGACUAUUGA